ACCAUAGACCGCUUCGCUUCCUAUUAUAACGCUCAGCUUCCGCGUUUUAACUCUAAGUAUGCUUCACCUGGUUGCAGCGGUGUUGAUGCCCUGGUACAGGAUUGGAGUGGAGAGAAUAACUGGGUUUGCCCUCCGGUGGGUCUCGUCGUGGAGGCCGUUCGAGUUCUCACUGCUUGUUCCGGUCGCGGGUCCUUGAUUAUUCCUGAAUGGCCGUCGGCCUAUUUUUGGCCUCUCUUACAUGAUGGGCCCUCACGGUUUCAGUCAUUCGUCAGGGAGGUUUUUGUGCUUCCCGCCAUAAAGGAUCUUAUUUUGGAAGGCCCAGGUCAGAGGCAGAUCUAUAAGUCUCACCCGUCCGUUUUUCACGGUUGCCCAAAAUUCAGAAUGUUGGCUUUGCGCGUGGAUUUUGGGUGAGUUUUUCGUACUGUCACGGAUAGUGUUUUGAGCCUGAUUUGGCAUAUUUUGAGCCUGAUUUGGCGUAUUUUGAGCCUGAAUUGGCAUAGUUUGAGCCUGAUUUGGCAUAGUUUGAGCCUUAUUUGGCGUGCUUUGAGUCAAUGUGGUCUCGACACGUGUGUUUUGUGCCUGCAUCGGUAUUUUUUGCUGGAAUUGGUCAUUAGCGCAGUAAUUGUUUGAUUUUCACGAUAUUUUCUUUUCUUUCAGAUGUUCUGAGUUCCGGGAUUUGGCUUGAAGCAGCCUCAUUGUCCGAUUCCUCUUUGAGUGACAUGGUUCCAGGCCUUAUUAAUCUGCAAUUAGAUGCUAAGGCUCCGUCCACGGUGCUGAAGUACAAGUCUGGCUGGUUGAGGUGGCGCGAGUGGGCUCUGUCGAAGAUUGGUGUUCCCGUUAUUCCAGCAAAACCUUUGCAUAUCGCAUUGUUUAUCUCCGAGCUAGCUAAGCGUUCUUCCGAGAAUAACAUCGGUGUAUCUUCUAUAGAAUCUGCCGUUUAUGCUAUUAAGUGGGGCCACGCAAUGGCCGGUUUUGAGGCUUGUCCUGUUAGCCAUCCCUUAGUAAAGUUUGCGUUAGAAGGCGCCAAAAGAAGGCUUGCCCGACCUGUUCAGCCUAAGGAGCCGCUGUCGGUUAGCACCGUACAGGCGAUUGCUACGCAUUUUGCCUCAAGCGCUUCACUUUCCGAUCUUCGUUUUUAUUUAUUCUUUUAGUUGGUUUUGCAGGCUUUUUUCGCAUUGACGAGAUUAGGAAUAUAGCACUUCGUGAUGUCUCAAUACAUAGUGAUCAUAUGUCAGUUUAUUUACCUCAGCGCAAAACGAUCAGUAUAGGGAAGGCCACACUGCUUUUCUCGCUAGAACCGGCAAGGUUACUUGUCCUGUAGCCGUGACCGAGCGGUUGAUUAAGCUUUUGCCACAGUCUUCCUCUGCGUUGCCUUUAGUUCGCAGAAUUGUCAAAACCAAGUCUAAGGAGUAUUUUCAUUGUAGUUUGGGUGUUUCUGUUUCCACUUUAAGGGAGGAAUUUAAGAAGCAUAUCAGACCAUUUGUUAGUGAUAUUUCUAAGUACGGCACACAUAGUAUGAAGUCUGGCGCGGCUUCAAAUCCGGCUUGUAGGAAAAUAGCUGGCGACUUGUUAGAUAUUCAUGCUGGUUGGAGGUGUGAAUCCACUAAGCACAGAUAUAUUAAGCAUGAUCUUAGCGAGCGUUUAGCCGUAUCUAAGGAACUUUCCAUUUAGUUGUCUAUGAUAUUCGUAUAUAUAUUUUAUCUUUAUAUAUUUUUCAGUAUUCUUUGGCGAUUGUUUAAUCGGAAUUAGAUUUUCGCUUUUGCUGGCUUUGUAAUUUUGAGCAAUUUAUUUAAUAUAUAGAGUCCUGGCGGGGGACGUAAGAUGUGCCUGGCCCGUCAAAGAUUUCCUGCCCUUUUUUCCCUACGGGGUUUUUUGGGGCAGGUUUUUUCUGGCCACCCUGGUACGCUUACAUGUAGCUUUAGUUUAAUUACCUUUGCUGUAGCUAUGUUCAUUUUUUGACUAUCAUUAAAGUGGGUUAUGGCGUUACUCCCAGGCCAUAUCCAAUAUUCUCCAGUAUUUGUUUGGCUAUUUUCGUUUCUUGUUUUUCUAUUAACUUCUGGUAAGUGCAGAAAACUAAUAGGAGACGCCUCUUUCACUUUGUCUUUGUUACUACCUAGCAAGGAAGCGUUUUAAUUGAUUAAUUAAUUGAUUAUUAUAAAAUAAGUUAUUUAAAAUGUUAUAGAUUUAAACUUUUAUUCACAACAUGGCUUGCUUAGAAAAGUUGAUUCAAGUAAUUUUUCUGUGUUGGUUUAGUUUCCAAAGGAGCCUUCAGUUUUUGUGACCGUUGCACAUCACCAUGCCGGACUAAAGAGAGACGCCGCCAGUAUUUGGUUGGAGGAUAUCAAACGAUCUUCCUUUAAAAUAUGUUUAAGAGAACUGCAAAAUUACGCAGGCUCACAUGAGGACAUCUAUGUCGUAUGUAGCAUACUUCAUUUUUUGCCUUUUUACGUCCUUUCUCAGCAUUAUAUUUGUUGCGCGUUGAAUUGUCUCAAAUUACAUAAUGUAGCGAAUUUUCUCUUUCUUUCCAUUUUCCUUUUCUUUUCUUUUUCUUUUCUUUUCUUUUUCUUUUUUUUUUUCUCUUUUCGUAGAACUGGUUGGCUUUUUCGUCACUUGACAAGCCCAUGUUCUCAGAACACAGUUCAGUUUAUUUUGCAAACUCUCAGAAGCCUGCGGUCGGGAAUAAUAACGCAUUCUGCAAGGUCAGUAUAAAAAGUAUCUCGCUUAACUUUAUUUUUUGUCACGUUUUCACCAUACGUUAAUUUGACGGCUCUUUUCAUCGAUUUUGAAAUUCAUUGUAUGUUCUUUUAUUAGGAUAUUUCCUUUACCAAAUUGUACAAGAAUGCCCCAAGUGUAUUUGUAUCAGCGAAUCACACCUCCAGUGGGGGAGGUCAGGAUCCAAUGCACAACUCCAUAACCGCUUGGGUUGAGGUGAGUCAGUGACUGCUAAAACUUGGACAUGUGGAACGGUAUCGUGAGCUUGUGAUCCUUGUUGAGCUUGCUUUCAUGGCAGUAAACUAAUAGUGAUUAUAAUGUGUAGGAAAUGGUUCGGUGAUAAAAAGACGUUCUAAAAAAUGAUUGAACUAACAUGGCUCCACACUUGUUUUCUUGCAUCUAAAGUUACGUUUUCCUUAAUUUACGUCAUAGUUCCUUAAUUUGCGUCAUAUCUUCUUUGUUCCCGGGGGAUUUCAGUGACAAGACUAAGACCAAUGGUGUGUCAAAAUGGCCUCAACUUUGAACGUUUAAGAAAAAAAUCUAUAAAACAAACAACGUUGUGUUCGCGUCGCAAAAUUUUUCCGCAGACGAUCGAGGUUCUCGCAGUAAUGUGUACUUUCAAAUAAUAAUAAUAAUAAUAAUAAUAAUAAUAAUAAUAAUAAUAAUAAUCUUAAUAAUAAUAAUAAUAAUAAUAAUAAAUGUUAGGUUAUGGGCACUUAAACCAGUUUCAAUGACGUAAUGACUUAACGCAGUGCUUUAAAAGUCGAUAGAACUGUAUUUUAAGGUACCAACAGUAAUCAGAAGCAAAUUAAUUUUUUGUCUAGACUAAGACACGAUAAUUUAGGAUUGGUGAAUUAAAACAUGUACAAAUGAUCAUCUGUUUUUGUUUAUUUUGUUUUAUUUAUUUUAUUUUUAAUUUUUAGUACAUCAAUGCAACAGGGGCGCGAGUGUGUACAAAGGAAUUGUACGACUCAAAGUACGACCCUCUCUCCGUAUCAUAUACUGUCUUGUCAGGUAAAGGGCGACAUCCUUAUCAGACUAGGAACUCUUUUACAUAGAUACAGCUAACUUAAUAUUAACCAACAAUAUUAACCUGAAAGGCGGUGCUUAAGGUAAUCCUAAUCCCUACAGACACCGCCAAAGACCUUGGUGUGACUUUGGAUUCUAAUUUAACUUACGAUGAACAUAUAAUUAAAACCGCUUCCUCGUGCAUGUCCCGCCUUGGCCAGAUAAACCGUGUCAAGCAUGUCUUCGACAAACGUACACUUUUGAUGAUUAUUAAUUCCUUAGUUUUUAGCAGGUUAUUUUAUUGCUCCAAUGUUUGGUCAAAUACCUCAAAAUGUAAUGUCAACAAGUUACAGGCAGUGCAGAACUUCGCAUGCCGCAUUGUUAGCGGCGCGCGUAAAUUUGACCAUGUUACACCAAUUCGCAAGGAGCUAAAUUGGCUUUCAGUUCCCAGUCAGCUUUAUUACCGGAACGCUACAAUGGCUUUUAAAUGUAUGACCGGUCAAGCCCCUGAAUACCUUACAUCAAAAUUCAUAAAGCGAGCAGAGGUUAGCCGACGUAGCACCAGAAAUUCACAGCUUUUACAAAUUCCCUUUUUUAGAACAGCUGCCGGUCAGAGAACAUUUUUCUAUAGAACUGUGAACUUAUGGAACUCCUUAGACAAUUCCUUUAAACUGUGUAACUCGAUUGAUGUUUUUAAAACUCGUUUACGUACUAAAUCACUUAAAGAAUUGUAAUUUUAUAUAUAUUUUAAAACAUUUUUUAAUUGUAAAUAGGAUCAUGUAUUGUCUUUGAAAAGCCCCUUGGGAAAGUCAAUAAAGUAUGUAUGUAUGUAUGUAUAAACCGGUUUAUUCCAGCACCCAUUAAAGCGUGGAUGACAUUGCAAGAGUGGAUUUCUUUUAAGACGCGUCGGUACGAGUUGCCGUUGUGAAGCACUUUUUUUAACUUGAUGCGCAUUAAUUAGUACACUUUAUAUACUGUUAGUAUGAUUUCAUGCAGUUUUUAAGUGUCUCUAGCUUAUUAAAUGUAGGCACUCGAUAUAUUUAAUUAUGUUUAUCAAACGUAAGGUACAUAGAGUGAUAACUAUCCGAGGUAAUUGGGUAUCUUAAUUCCACAAAUGUUGCAUCUAUUUCCCAGGUAUUUGCCAACCAGGUUGGAGCUAUUUUAGUGGCUACUGUUACUUUACAAGUCGCACUUGUGGCUCGUGGCUCACUGCUGUAUCAAACUGUUCUACGAUGAGUUCCAGUUUGGUAACAGUUCACAACCAGAAUGAAAACGUCUAUAUUCAACACCGUCCCAACGGAGAGAGAUCCUGGAUCGGACUCAAUGACCGAAGUGUGGAGGGUUCCUUUGUGUGGACAAACAAAGAAAUAAGUAGUUUUAGGUUCUGGGCCCCACAGCAACCGAACGACUGGAAAAACGAAGAUUGUGUUCACACUCUUGGAGCCAAGCAUGGUUACACCUGGAAUGAUGUGCCUUGUCAUAAAUGCUAUAACUACACUUGUUUUAAAGGUAUUAGGCAUACCAAGAUCAUUAAUAAUUAUGUUUUAUGAACCUCACUUAGCAGAUAGUGCCCCAAGACAUUCAACUAUAUCAACUUUGAAUUACAUAUUAAAUGAUUCAACAAACAUGAGCUCAGGGCAAGCUUUGUAAGACAGGAUAAGAGUAAAGAGUGUUUAAUUUCUUCACUAUGUGAUAUUCCCUUUUAGACUUGGAUGAAUGUACCACUGGUUCCCAUUCCUGUGACGUCAAUUCCGUUUGCCAAAAUAACGCGGGUUCAUACACAUGCUCGUGUAAUGCCGGGUACACAGGAGAUGGAAAAACCUGCAAUGGUAUAUUUAUAGAUAAUAAGUAAACUGAGGCCGCGUCCACACGAAUCCAAAAGCCAAAAGGCAGUUCUCAAAAAUAUUCGGUUCGUGUGGGCGGAUUCUGAGAAGGCAAUAAAGUCAAAAAAUGGCUGAAGCGUGCAAUUCCUACGGGGUGUGAAACAAACCGUUAACACUGUCACCUGCCUUGUUUCGCAGAAAAAUAAGAAAAAUGAAUACUUUGACCUUAGCAACCAAGUGUAAACUAUCAAGUAGAUAAUUCAAAACACUUGCCCGUUUUUGAUUGCGUGUUCCCCCAGCUAAUUUUUCAUAGCCAUCUACCGUUAACCAGAUUUGGAAGAUGUUUGCAGAUAUCCUCAGAGAUGAGACUAGUAAGACAUCCUCGGAGACCUAGGGGCAGUUAGUUAUGCCGUUUCUCCUGACUCGACUGAGGCCCCUGCUACACGAAUCCGGAAACCGCAUAUUUCUUUACACAACCGUAUUCGUAUGGACGAGGCCUUAAACCUAUCUGGAGCGCGGUUUGAGAAAGAUGCAGCUUCGGUGAAAGGAUUCAUAGGUUUCAUGUGGACGAAAGGCCGGUUCGUGUUUAAAAAAUAUAUAUAUUGGCUGUUCCAAAAAAAAUCCGGUUUUGUGUGGAAUCUGGCUUGACUGCCCCUGGGUUCCCAAGAAUUUUAACGGUUAAUUAUUCAUCAAAAAAAGGAUAGCCGAAGGCUUGGUAGUUCGGUUUUGGUAAUGCUGGAGAAAAUGGCGAAGAAAAAAAAAAAGAGCCGAACUACUCGUUAACGGCAAAGCAAAAAAGCAAACAUACCACUUGACCGAUGACAGCUGCCCAUGAAGAUAAAUAUUUUCCGGCUAGACUAAACUUGCCCUUAUUUCCUGAAUUUUCCGAGGAAGAGGCAAAUGUUAUGCAGACGAAACUUUACAUCGAUGAAGAAAAGCAUGAUUUAAGGUUUUGAAAUACCUUCAAUUAAUUAAAAAAAUGUUUGAUUCUGCUUUGUAUGAUAUGAAGAAUUAUUCAGGUCUCGAGGGGGAUGGGAAGGGGAGGGGAAGAGGGUAAAAAUAAGGAAGCCGAAUCCAAUAAUUGCUGAAUAAUUGAUCAAAGUUACGCUGAACUGCCAUCAGGCAUAUGCAAAAUCUCUUAUCUUUACGCCAAGCUUCUCUACAUUUUCCCAGAUAUCGACGAGUGUUCUUCCAAUGCCCACAGCUGUGGCGUCAAUGCGGUGUGUAACAAUACUGUUGGAUCGUAUGCAUGCGCAUGUAAAGCAGGAUAUUCAGGAGAUGGAAGAAAAUGCACUGGUAAGGCGUUUUGAUAUUUUUCUAAAGGUGACUUAGAAGAAAGGGAUACUGUAAAUGACUCCUGUAUAAACUUGCUCAUACUCGAGUACAGACGAAAAAGGUUUUUGGUAGGUAAGACAACAACAAAACCAACAACAGAAACAAUCAUAUACUUUGUUGAAUAGGAAUUAACUUAGAGUACUGGAUGCCUGGUAUAGCCGUUAGACAGCCAUUAGUAGCGAGGCAGCCAGAUGAUGUGAUCAUUAAAUGAAAAUAACCCAUGAAGCCCGUAAGCAGCAGUCUUUCGCGUGCGGGGUCUGGGGCGCUGGUUUCGGAACGAGGAGGGUACGCAGAAGGGACUGUUAUGACUGGAAGCAUUAUCAUAGAUUAGGGAGUGCCUUCGACAUGGGUAAUAUAUUGCCGAAAAUAGAACCUGAUAGGUAACGUGAAGGCUAAAACGGUGUGUUGCGUUUCAUUUUCUGGGUUUAAUUCGCAUUUUGCCUAUUUUGUUCGUUCAUUGUGGAGCGCUGUUUUGUGAGGAGUUUGAAUGGCCUGAGAAAACAGCCGAAACUUCGCGACGUCACCGCUGUUUUCCCCACGAAAUGACAUCUGAGAAACGAGCGCAAAAUUUCCACCCUGAUGACGCGCCACUACCCAGCUGUGAGUAGUGCUUCUGAUUAGUUGAAGCAAAUUUUCAGCCAAACAGAUCCAGGUAGUGACGUCAUCAGGAUGGAGUUAUAAAGGAGCUGAGAAGCAUAUUGUGAACUUUGAUUUGUGGGGAGUUUUAGUUGAUAAAUCCGGUUGGAUAACAAAAUUAGCAGUCAGGAUCAAUGCAUUAUUCAAAGUACUUUUAUCGCGACUCCUUCUUCUUUGGAUAUGUGAAACUUUGGAGGGCUCUUCGCGAAGAAAAAUAAACGUCAACACGAUACACUUCAGCGCGUCCACGAAAAUUGGCAGUAACCUUUCAAACUCUAGCCUAAGAAAACAGCGGACAUUUCAAGACGCUACAACUGGUUUCCCCUCGAAAUGACGUUCGAGAAACGAGCUCAGAAACUCCAUCCUAAUGAUGCGUCACUACCUAGAUCUGUUUGGCUGAAAAUUUGCUUCAGCCAAUCAGCAGCACUACUCACAUCUGGGUAGUAACGCGUCAUCAGUAUGGAAAAUCUACGCUCGUUUCUCAGACGUAAUUUCGUGGGGGAAAAAAGUGGUGGCGUCGCGAAAUUCUACUGUUUUCUCAGGCUAUUGAAACUCCUCACAAAACAGCGCUCCAUAAUGAAAAAACAAAAUAGGCAAAAUGCGAAACCCAGAAAAUGAAACGUAACACAUCGUUUUAGCCUCCACGUCACGUAUCAGGUUCUAUUUUUCGGCGAUAUGCCUAUGUGUGUUAAAUCUCAAUUCUAUGAGGAGCAGAUCAAGGAAAAUUUUUAUUAUUACUUAUUUUCAAGCUGCCUGCCGAGAAACACGUUUUAUUUGGGAAAUUUAAGUGACAUGCACAUGGCUGAGCAGAUGACGCGAUCACUAGACAAAACUUGUUAAAAAGUAAUGGCUUAUUAUUGAAAGUCAUCCCUCGAAAUAAACCACGCGCUUAUCAUGUGACUAUUUCAUUUUCAUUUGGUCCUUGUUUGCAUAUAGGGAAAGUACGUAUCGCCUCAAUUCAAGGGAAUUUCUUGUGGCAUGCUUUCAAACUCUUCGUCUUCGCCAAAAAGUGUUCACUUCUGAUUGGUCCCCAUAGAAUUUCCUUGCCUUACUUAAGUACGUUCACAGCUCGACAACGAAAGGGAAACGUUUUUGCGAUGAAAAGUCCUGAAAAUACUAUUUUCAGAUACGCAACGAAAGAAAAACGCACAUGACGCACUCACGAGAAUGGAUUGGCUGCAAAGGCUGAGAGAGCGCGAUGUACACAAGGCCAUGCAAAAAAUAUCUGUGGGAGCGCCAUCUUAGUAACCACAGGAUUGUUUGGAAGGUCAAAACGUCCUGGCUAGAUCGUGUACAGGACACCCCCCCCAAAAAAACAGCCAACCACACACAAGAUCGGGGGGUUGCAUUCUAGUCGAGCGCAAAACUGCUACGGAAAAAUAGAUUUAGUUUAGAAAAAAAUGAAAUGUUAUUGUCGUCGUUCCUUUUUCCAUGACAUCAAAACUUGUCAAGACAGUGCAAACUCAAACAAUGUAAGUGCAAUGGUUAUUGUCCAGUAAGUGCAACGAUUGCUGAAACCUGUUUUUGAUCAAGUUUAUGUUAUUUCAGUCCGUUUCCCUUGUCUCCUGCCACCUCUUUACUGAGAAAAUGGGCGUGAUUAUACUUAUUGUUAUUUUGUUUAUUUCCAGAUAUUGACGAGUGUGCUAGCGGUACUGAUGACUGUCACAGUUCACGCGCUUUAUGUACAAACACAGUGGGAUCCUUUAAUUGUUCAUGUAGCAGUUCUUACAUUGGAGAUGGCAGAACUUGCAAUAUACCAUCAGGUAAUUAGGCAAAGAUAACAAGGACAAUAUAAGUAGGAAGAUUUUCAUUUACCAAACCCGUACACUAGUGAGUGAUGCACCUUGCGCUGACCUUGGCUGCUUGAACGGGUUUUUACGUUAAAAAUCCAUUGGCCGGUUUAAAAGGAAAGCUUUUGAGACCUUCGACCACUGUGUGGUCACGGGGAAUACCCUUGUUUGUUAAUGAAGUCCUACAGGAAACGGCCUUGAGGGGGCACAGUAUUCGGCUCGACUUGUGGGCAAGUCUACUUUAAUGCAAUUUAUACUGUUACUUUAAGGGGAGUUGACUUUCUCAACUUUCCUAAUUAACUGCGAUAGCAGUCACUACCUCUAUGAAAAACCGAACAACAAUAACGAGGCGAAUUAUAAGAAUUACCUAUAAGAUUAGGAAAUACACGUGAAUAAGUUUCUGAGUCAGAAGUACACGAACAAUUAAAUAAUCGUUGUGUUUUUCCUGUCUUUGUUCAUUUCCGUUUUGAUGGUAGUCUUAUGGAGUCUUUAGAGUUGUAUUCUUGAUCUCGGUUCUGUAAAAGACUCAGCAUAGUGCCCGCCAAUCAAAUCUUGCGGUGCAAUAUUUUGAGCAACAGGGUAGGAUAAUGAGGACCCUGCUACGCGUCCUUUUGUCACUGGUCAAAUAACGGAUUCAACGAUCGACUUUUUUGCUUUGUUAUACGGUAUUUUGUUUUUCUUUGUUUGUUUUUACCCUUACGUAAAUUUUAGCUACUUGCAAAAAAAUGGCUCAAAUGGCUAAUUAUUGCCUACGUCAUGAAACCGAGCAAGACGGGAAUGUAUAGCUGACCCUUGAGCUGUGUCGGGCAUCCUUGCUCAAUGCGUUUAGAAACUACGUUUUCAUUAUAAGUGACCUUAUAUAAAUAUACUAUAGUGGUUAUGCAGAGUGCUUAUAAGAAAAGACCUUUCAGUUAACAGUCUUUUGACAAUAUAACUGGCACAGAAAAAAUCUCAAAGUGGCGAAUCUUUGUACGCAAAAGGCUUAUAAUCAAUUGUUAGUUGCCAGAACGUUUUUGUAAAUGUUAGUAUUGAAUGAUUGAAUCAGCUUCAUGAUUACAAAAUUGAUAUCGUUACCUGUAAUUAUUAACUAUGGUCAAUCCUGAAAUAGUCAAGCACUUUUCAUAUAUGCACGGACCUAUUUUCCCUGAGAAAUACUCGGCAAAGCUAAAGGCGGUGCAUGCAUCCAUGUAUUCCUAAAUCAAAAUUUAACGUCGUAUUUAACAGAGAUAACUCAUCUGUUUACCGUCACAAGUUAUGACGAUGCCUAACAUAUACUGCUGAUGGGUAAUAGUGUUUUCUUCCUGUGUUGUUGUUGGUCAACAAUGAGGAUGUGGUUGGGGAAUUUAGAACAUGAAAAGUUCCCCUCUUUUACCAAGAGCUCGCCCUACGUAACGGAAUGCGGAUUCCGGAAUCCAAGAAAUUUUUGCUGGUGGAAUCCAGAAUCUGGGAAAUUGCUUGUGGAAUCCGGAAUCCUAGGCUUUGGAACCCGUAAUCCUUCUAAAGAUUUAAAUCCAGAACCCAAGUUCUAUUGACAAAGACCGGAAUCCAGUACCUGGAAUCCGGAAUUCACGGCGUGGAAUCCAGAAUCCAAGACUGUCUUGGAUUCCCUUACGUGGGACGAUCGAGCUGAUGUACAACUAAAUGAAACGUUGCUAGUGACUGAUGUUCUUUCUUCUCUUUUGUGUCAGAAUGUCAGAACUACGGGAGUCUCAACAGCGGAAGCCGAAGGACUUCGUAUAGCAGCUACUACCACUAUUAUUGUGAUAGCAGUCUUGGCCCUGGAUGGUUCCGUUUCCAGGGGUCUGCCGGCACAAGAAUGGCAACAUCAUGUCCAUCUACCUAUAGGUGUGGUACCUAUUAUCCCGGCUGGCUAUAUGGUGGACACCCCUCAGUAGCGGACGGUCUGGUCACCAGGACGGUGUAUUUUAAUAAUGGUUACUGCAAUGGCUACUCGAGAAACAUCAAAGUGAGAAAUUGUGGUUCGUAUUACGUGUACUAUCUUAGUGGUACACCUACUUGUAAUCUCCGUUACUGUGGCACUAACUAG